AUGAUCUUCCAAGUUCAAACUUGUUUUCAUGCAUUUGAUCAUCAUGAUUUUAAUUUAUCAUUAUAUAUUCAACAAGCACAAUUUUCGGCUACACAAUUAAUUCAUUCUAAUGCAGAUGAUGCGAUAAAUAUUACUGGUUCAAUUGAUGAUAAUGAAUCAAUGCAUUUAUUUGAAGAAUAUAAAUCAAUACUUCUUGAUGCAAUCGAAAUUGUACAAGAACAAGAAAAUGCUAAUAACAUUCAAUGGGCUCAAUCUGUUCAAGGAAGUUUUAAAGGCAUACGAAAUUUGGUAACAGACAUUCAAUCAUAUAAAAGAAGAAUAACCAACCCACGUACUUGGAAAGAUCAUAAUGAACAUACGAUGUUUUUAAAUUCAUAA